GUUGUGAACAAACACAAACAAAGACACUUUUCCCUCCUUAGGGAAUGCAGAAUGCAGUAGGCAUGGUUGCCUUUUAGCUUGACCCACUUUUCCCACAACCAACAAGUCCCUACCUUAUGUCCCUCCUCCUUUUUCUUUGAAUUCAAAUUUAAAAAUCCAUUCUUUUUCUACCAAUUAAACUAAACAAAUCAAAAAAUCCCAGAAAAACAGUAAUAGUAAUUUUCAAUUCUAGCAUGGGUGAAACAACUUGUGUCAUGAAUCCUUUCUCUUACUCAACAACAUCACACUUCCCUAAUGAGGAAAACACAAUAAUGUAUGAACUUGGAGAAUCAAUUUCGUUUGGUAGAUUUGUUUGUGAAGAUUUGGAAUGGGAAAAAUGGUCAUCUUUUAAUAGUAGUAAUAGUAACAGGAAUCGUUAUGUUGCAGAGGCUGAAAAAUACUCUAAACCUGGUUCUGUUGCUCAGAAGAAGGCUUAUUUUGAAGCUCAUUUCAAAAGAAUGGCUGCUCUUAAGGCUGCUGCUUUACUUGAACAGGCAAAUAAUUCUGCGCCUUUUGGAAGUUCUGAUAGUACGCAGAUUUUGAAUUUGAGUUCUAGCUUGAAUGUGCAGAUUCCUGCUGCUCAUUAUCAACAUUCUGAUGAAAUUGUGAAAAAAGGAGAUAAUAGUGUAACAGGGAGAUUUGUUGUUCAUCAAAAUGAGCUUUAUUUGAAUGUUUCUGAUGAUGAAUUUGAUCGGAAUGUUAAUAACCAGAAAGAGAUGGCUUCAAUACCGCCGCCGCUACCACCGCCGCCACCACAUGAUCAUAGCAAGAAAGAAAAUGCUUCAAUACUGCAGCCGCUACCACCGCCGCCACCACAUGAUCACAAAAAGAAAGAAAAGGCUUCAUUGCCGCCGCCUCUACCUCCGCCGCCACCACUUGAGCAUAUUAUGAAAGAUUUAGUACCGCCUCCACCUCCGCCGCCACCACUUGAGCAUAUUAAGAAAGAUUUAGUACCGCCUCCACCUCCGCCGCCACCACUUGAUCAUAUUAAGAAAGAUGUAGAACCGUCUCUUCCGCCGCCGCCGUCGCCACCGGUGCUGCCACAUGAUCAUCAUAAGAAAGAAGUAGAUGCAACGAUGCCUUCACCACCACCGCCUCGGAAGCAAAAUUUAUCUCAAAAAAUUGAGAUUAUAAAGAAUCAAAAUGUUUGUGCAAGAAAAGAGGAAUCAAGUGAGAUAAAACCUCUUUUACAGGAGAAGAAAUUUGUAAAAGAAGAAGCAUCAGCAGAAAUUGCAGCAGUAAAGAAGAAUCCACCAUUAUCAUCUUACAUAUCAUCAACAAUUAUUGAUGGUAGAGGCAAAGACAAUGCAUCUUUAUUUGCACCAUCUCCUGCUAGAUCUUCUACAAGUAAUACUAAUAUUCAUCCUGGUAAAGAAAACUUUGCAACUCCAAUUAAAAGCAAGUCUCCAAUCAACUAUGAUUCACACAAAAAGAAAACUCCUCUAAGGAUGUCAAUCAAUAGAGAGUUUAACAGGAUAUUAUCACCUGUUAUUAAGAAGCUUGGAAGUUCUUCCAAGACUUCCACUCCCUCCAAAUCUCCUUCUAAGGGUUCUAUGAAUAAUAUACCACAACAUCAACCCAUGACUCCGGAUUUGUCCAAAAGAGGUGCACCAACUUCCCCAAGUACUAGUAGGAGUAAGAUCAGUUCACCCAUAAUUCCCAAUUCAUUUUGCCUGACUGGAGAUAGAACUGCAAGAAGAAAACAGAAGCUAGAAGAGAAAUUCAAUGCUGUCACAGCUACAGAAAAGGCACCUCAGUCAUCAAAAUUUAAGGAAAAAGCGGAAGCUGAACUUAGCAAAUUCCGGCAAAGCUUUUGCUUCAAAGCAAUAUCUUCACCGGAUUAUUACGGAGAUAAUGGAACAUUCAGAAGCCCUAAGCACAAGAACAAAUCAAAGCAUGGUAAGUCCCCCAAUGGAGGAAGACAACACCCUAACACUAAGAGCACAUCUGAAAACAAGGGUGCUUUACCACCAAGAAGGCCAUCAGUGAACCAAUUUGGCUUGAAGAGUAAACGAACAACUCUUACACCAAGCUAAAUAUGUCGAAUUUCGACAAGAUUAUUGGAAGGGAACAAUAUCUAGCGAGCUGAAGUUCUGUAUGGAAGAGCAAACUCUGCAUUAAGUUCUAACAUUGAAGAACUUCAAUGAUAUGUAAAUUUAAGAAGCUUCUGGAGUCUGGCCUACAACCAUCAUUUCAUUUCCAUCAAUGCCAUAAGUUUAAUGACAUUGAAGGUUUCUGGUUUUGCAAGUUCCCAAAUGCCCCAUAAGUUGUACAUAUAUUAUGUAUUCAUUGUGAUUCAGAACUUGUUUGUUAUUUGGUUGAUUCUUUUUCUGUAAUGUAAUGUAAUGUAAUGGGAGUUUUUAUUUAGUAUAUUUCCAUGUAAAUGUAGCCUUGUGAGUUAAUUUUGAUUUUUAUCACAUUAAUCAAUUUUAUCCAUUUUCAAAA